UGAUUCUAGGAAUAAAAUCAAGAGCUUGGGGAUGGGUGGAGAUGCUAAAUAUGCUAUUCUCAAAUUGACACCUGUCCAUUUUCUUAUUCACUUUAAAACAUUUUCCAUAAACAAUCUCUUCAAUUUCAUUAUUUCUUUAGUGAUUUUAAUUUUGUUUUUGCUUUCUUGUCCACUCUCUUCUUCUUUCAACUCACACAUACACACCCAGAUAUGAUUAAAUAUUAGUAGUAUUUGUAAAUCAAGAUUAAUAUAUAAAUAAUCAAGAAAGUGACAAACUUAGAGUCUUUAAUUAAAUGAUCACACUUUGUGCUAUUAUUAGCAAUUAAAUGGUGGUUGAUGGAAGUAGAUAGAGAAGAAUCCAAGGAAGAAAAAGAAGUUGAUAAAGUUUAAAGAAUCAGGUUUUAUAGGAUUGCAAAUUUUGAGUCUAAUUCUUGCUGACCAGAUCUAAUUAAUUUACAUCUCACAAAUUUUACUUCUUGAUUUAGUUGUCCUGUUUAUCUUAAAAGAAAACAACUUUUUGUAAAGGUAUGGAAAAUGGUAAUAAUUUGGGUUUAUGAUGACAGGUUGUAUAGUUUUAGGAGGGUUAGAGGGUAAUGUUUUGUACUGCAUAGAUAGGGAUUUUGAUGGAGGUGAUGUCUUUGACGGUUGUGGUGCCAUUUAGAGUAGGGAAUUCACUGUGUCAAAACCGAAACGUCGAUACUCAAUUUGAGACCAAAAGGGUUAAGUUAAUGGCAGACGCUGCUGGGCUAUUUUCUGAUUCUGUAACUAAUUUUUCUACUGUUAGGGAUGAAGAUUGUAAUUGUAGUGAUUUAGAUAAUGAAGUUAGUGAUGCAAAAGUUCCACUUCCAGGAGAGGCCAAGGGGGGAGCAGCAGUCCCUCUGCUGGAUAUGAUUUCCGAGAAUAAAGGCAAUUGGGUGGCUGAUGAUGGUGUCGUAAACCAGGAAAGUGAAGAAGAUGAUUGCUUAUCAUUGGAGGGUGAUCCGGUUCUUGAUAGCUCUUGUUCUCUUUCGGUGACUAGUGAGACGAGCAGCUUAUGUGGGGAUGAUUUUCUGAGUUUUGAGGCCGCUUCUGAGAUAGGAACACCGUUUGUUGUGGAUAUUAUUGCUAAUGCUGUUGAUUUGGCGGAAUCAAAUGUCAAGGCGGAGGUUGUGAAAGAUUCUGUUGCUGUAGCAGUAAGACUUGACGAUGAAAUUGCGGAUGGGUCCAAUCCAAAUGCGUCUGCAGUUGUACUUCAGGUAGCUCUGGAAAAAGGGGUGAGUGGAACAGUCCCUCGCAGUGUUUUUGAGGUUGAUUAUGUGCCUCUUUGGGGAUUUACGUCUAUUUGUGGUAGGAGGCCUGAGAUGGAAGAUGCACUUGCAACUGUGCCUCAGUUUCUGAAAAUUCCUAUUCAGAUGCUAAUUGGCGACCGCGUGCUUGAUAGUGUGGGUGAGUAUAUAACUCAUCAGAGGGCUCACUUUUUCGGAGUGUAUGAUGGCCACGGAGGCUCCCAGGUUGCUAAUUAUUGUAGCAGCCGUAUCCAUUCUGCUUUGGCUGAGGAGAUAGAAUGUCUUAAAAAUGACCUUGGUUAUGGAAGAGUAAAUGAUAGUUGCCUAGGCCAGUGGAAAAAAACAUUCACCAAUUGUUUUCUUAAGGUAGAUGCUGAAGUAGGAGGCAAAGUAGGUGCUGAACCAGUUGCUCCCGAAACGGUCGGUUCAACUGCUGUUGUUGCUGUUAUUUCUUCAUCCCACAUAAUAAUUGCAAAUUGUGGGGACUCCCGAGCAGUCCUAUAUCGUGGGAAGGAGCCUAUAGCACUAUCAGUGGAUCAUAAACCAAAUCGAGAAGAUGAAUAUGCUAGAAUAGAAGCAGCCGGAGGCAAAGUUAUACAGUGGAACGGGCAUCGUGUCUUUGGCGUCCUUGCAAUGUCGAGAUCUAUUGGUGAUAGAUAUUUGAAACCAUGGAUUAUUCCAGAACCAGAAGUGACAUUUACUCCUCGGGCGAAAGAAGACGAAUGCCUCAUUCUGGCUAGCGACGGACUAUGGGAUGUCAUGACAAACGAAGAGGCGUGCGAUCUUGCUCGUCGACGAAUACUCGUCUGGUACAAAAAAAACGGCACCGCACUUCCCCCCGAAAGAGGCGACGGCAUCGAUCCUGCAGCACAAGCGGCAGCGGAGUACCUCUCGAACCGCGCUCUUCAAAAAGGCAGCAAGGAUAACAUCACUGUCAUAGUGGUGGAUCUGAAAGUUCAAAGGAAGCUCAAGAGCAAAACAUGACAGUUUGUUUGUUUCUAUGUAUUUUUCUUCUUGAAAUUGUUGAAACCUUGUGAAGCCCAUCUGUUUUUUCAUGUGGGCGCUAACGGCUUACUUGUAUGUAUCUACCUCAAGAAAGUAUGCCAUUGUAGGAACUCAUUCAUUGAUUUGAAGAGUUGUGCCAUACAUGAACAUGAUGAUGAUGAUGAUGAUGAUGAUGCCUAUGUAAAUGUUUAGCUAUUUAUGAUAGGGUUUAGGACCAGAUUGUGAGCAGUCAGUUGUAUUCAUUCUGCCUCCGAGUUUAAAAGAGGCUCUGUGAGGUAUUAACUUUCAUUAUUUUCAAAUGCUUGCUUCUUAUCAGAAAUUUUAUAUUCAACUC